UCAAUGCUUUCAAUGAGGCCAGAGACAAUACUAGGAGGUGCUAGCUAAAAUCUUGCGUGUGGAUUUUUGAUUUUUUUUUUGCUCCUUGUUUUAAGUGAUACAGAAAGACCCCUAGGAGUAUGGGGCGUGUUCUGACAUUUCUGUCUCGUUAAGGAUUUGAUGAAAUUACUUCACACCUCAGUGAAUGUUUAUCCGCAAGUUGAAGGGGCAGACCUUUGCUGACCGCUAGCCACUGCGUAUCUGCGUGUUAAAUUCUUUCUUAGCUUCCGAGGCGUAUCCCUCUUUCUCCCGCUGAAAUGUGGAAUGCCACGGACCUCCUGUACAACCUGUCGGAGGCGAACUCCUCCCUGGACGGAGGGGAGGAGGGGGAGCACCCGUUCCUGACGGACGCCUGGCUGGUCCCUCUCUUCUUCUCGCUUAUCAUGCUGGUGGGGCUGAUCGGGAACUCCCUGGUCAUCUACGUGAUCUCCAAGCACAGGCAGAUGAGGACCGCCACCAACUUCUACAUCGCUAACCUGGCGGCGACAGACAUCAUCUUCCUGGUGUGCUGCGUCCCCUUCACAGCCACACUCUACCCCCUGCCCAGCUGGAUCUUCGGGGACUUCAUGUGCAAGUUUGUUGCCUUUCUCCAGCAGGUCACCGUCCAGGCCACCUGCAUCACCCUGACCGCCAUGAGUGGGGACCGCUGCUACGCCACGGUGUACCCGCUGAAAUCCCUGCGGCACCGCACGCCCCGCGUCGCCAUGCUGGUCAGCGUCUGCAUCUGGAUCGGCUCCUUCAUCCUCUCCACGCCCAUCUUCCUGUACCAGCGUAUCGAGGAGGGCUACUGGUACGGCCCACGGCACUACUGCUCGGAGGAAUUCCCCUCAAAGGCCCACGAGAAGGCCUUCAUCCUCUACCAGUUCAUCGCCGUCUACCUCUUGCCUGUUCUCACCAUCUCACUCUGCUACUCCUUCAUGCUGAAGAGGGUCGGUCAGCCCGCGGUCGUGCCUGUGGACAAUAACUACCAGGUCCACCUCCUCUCCGAGCGGACCAUCGCCAUCAGGAGCAAGAUCUCCAGGAUGGUGGUGGUGAUUGUCCUUCUAUUCACCAUCUGCUGGGGCCCCAUUCAGCUCUUUAUCCUGUUCCAGUCCUUCUAUCCCGACUACAAGGACAACUACACCACCUACAAGAUCAAGACCUGGGCCAACUGCAUGUCCUACGCCAACUCCUCCAUCAACCCCAUCGUCUACGGGUUCAUGGGUGCCGGCUUCCGCAAGUCCUUCAAGAAGGCCUUCCCCUUCCUGUUCAAGCAGAAGGUGAGGGACAGCAGCGUGACGUCCCGCACGGCCAACGCCGAGAUCAAGUUCAUCGCCACGGACGCGUCCGGCGAGCCGCAGUGAAGGACCCCCAGCAGCAGGUGGCGCUGUGAGCAGAGCCAGGUCUCGCUGUGGUUCCAUUAGGUUGGAAACGCGAACACAGGACGGACAGGGCAUCGUGUUGAACGUAUAAGGCGGAGGUAGCGUAACGCUAAUGUGGCUGGUUCUGUCCUAUAUCCUACUGUUGCCACUAGAAAAAGUACAGGCAAAACAAACAGUACAGGGGAGAAACUAAGAUCUGCUGGGGUUUGGCUAGUCUGCUCUGCAGAACGAGAAGGAGGAAAAUGUAUUUAAAGUUUGGUUGUAAAAUACAUCAGCUUGUAAAUAGGUCUUUACUGACCAUAGGCCAGUUUAGUAGGAGUGUUCAUUAUAACCUGCUUAAUAGGAAAAUUGCCUACUUUCCUGUGUGCUGCACUUGCAAACAUUAACUAUUUAUUUCAGAACAUGCAAUAUUUUUUGUAAGCUGAAAAAAAUUCCAUUAGAUGUGCUUGCACUGCAUUCCAUUCCCACAGUUAUAAGAAAGGGUCAUUGUCACUGUGCAGAAAGCAAAGAUAACAAACAGCAAAUAUAGCAAGAUACCUUCACACAUUUUUGCACAUAUGGAGCUGAAGACAAGUGAUGUUUUCCAAUACACCCUUAGAACCAGGUCUAUGAUGCUUGCAAUAAAGAACAACUAAAACACUUAAAAGCACUUCAAGUGCUCCAUCUGUUAACCCCGACAGCCCUACAUGUUCAGUGCUGCAAAUCCGCAAGAAUGUGCUUUUCAUCCAAAAAUAUAUACUUUUUCUUUUCGUGAAACUGUUGGCUUACUAUGAGUUACAUUACAGUUUAAAUAUGAUAAAGUACAAAUAAUGAAAAUUUGUGUUCAUAGCCUAUGUAUAAGAAAAAAAAGGCAACAUUGCAACUGGGUUUGUUUUCAUUGUAGAUGACAUUCAUCAACUCUUGGCAAAGCUGUCGGAUAUUUACACAAAAUACAAAGUUAAUAUCGGCAACACGGCAAAGAAAACAGUGCAGAAGUCAGUACGGAUAAGUAUCGUUUGUCAUUCCGAACGGUGACAGCCGCGAUAUGCACGUAGCCUGAUGAAUGGAGAGCCGGAGCAAAACAAAGCCCAAAUAAACUACGGGUGAACUGGAAGCGGGGCAAAUGAGAGAUCCCUGAAUUAGAUUCCAGGCACGUUGGGCUGGCGCUCAGUUGGGAUUUAUGUGUGGGAGCUUGCUCAAGAAGGAGGGCGCUCAACGAGGCGUGGAGAGUGUUGAUUCCGGGCCGACUCUAACACCUCCCUGUGUACACAACCUACAGGUGUUGGGUGGCACCCUUGGCACUCCAUCAAUGGGAGUUUUUAUCUCUACUAACAAGUUUUAUCUUUGUCUCAGUCUGUCAUUCCCUGUCCCGUUUGAAUGAUAACCUGUCCCUAUACCCUUUCUUUUCAUUUAUUUUGUUGUUGUAGUUGUUGUUGUUGUUGUUGUUUUUUGUCUCUAAAGUGUUCUGGCAAUUAUUUGCUAUCACUGAGGCCAUUUUGUAUUUGAAUUUGGAAAGCAUCUGUUGAACCCAUCUCAUAUAGCUGUUAGCAGAUUGGCUUUUCUGCCAAAGUUGGUUAUGGGUCUGUAAACCUGGGGAAAUGAGUCACAUUUUAAAGCAGGGUUUUUAUGUAAAUGUACAAAAAUGCCCCUUUACCGCAAAUAAAUGUCUAAUUUCUGUACAA